CUGCCUGCCUGCCUGCCUGCCUGCCUCACUGCCUGGUUUGCUGUGGGGGGAGUGCAUUCUGAUAGCACCCAAAAAGGGGAGAGAAAUCCGAGAACCUCAGCACUGACACAAGUCAGAAAGGAGAGAGUGAGGACUGUGUCAGUCUCAGCGCCACUACUGCACCGGAGGAGUGGGGGGACGGGAACGGGCAGUGUGAUGGCCCUAUACCCACGCCGGAUCAGGUUGAAGCCGUGGCUGGUGGCACAGGUAGAGAGCGGGCAGUACCCGGGACUGCACUGGCUGGACGAGCAGAGGAAACACUUCCAGAUCCCCUGGCGACACGCCACCCGCCACCUCCCCUCCCAGGAGGACGAGAACACCAUCUUCAAGGCCUGGGCAGUGGAGACAGGGAAAUACCACAAUGGUGUUGAUGACCCGGACCCAGCCAAGUGGAAAGCUAACCUGCGCUGUGCCCUGAACAAGAGCCGCGAGUUCAAGCUCAUUUAUGACGGCACCAAAGAGACUCCCAUGCAGCCAUUCAAGAUCUAUGAAGUGUGUGACUUGCUGCCAGCCAACAGCGGUGACAUGACCCCUGAUAACCACGAGUAUGAAUGGGAUGAGGAGGAUGAGCGACAGCUACACGACAUGAUGCCAACCAUGAGCCUAGAUGAGGGGCCGAUGGUGGCGCUGCCCCCUUACCCACUGCACACGUGGCCCAAACAGGAGCUGGUGAUUCCCAACACUUGUAUGAAUGGAGGCGUGACUCACCCAGCUCUCCGGCCAGCCGAACUCUCACACACAAACCUGGCUCACACAGACCUCCAACAUCCCAGCCUCAUCCACACCAAUCUGGACCCCAACACUGCUCCUGUGGGGGACAUCACCCAUAGCAACAUGGAUCUGCUCCCCCCCCACUGCCAGCCCACCGACCAUUUCCCUGACUUCAUGACGCCAGAGAUGUUCAUCAGCUCUCUGCCCCUGACUGACCUGGAUGUGAAGUUCCAUUACCGCGGCAGGCAGUUGGGUUCAGUAACGGUCAGUAACCCUCACGGUUGCCGGCUGUACUAUGGUGACCUGGGACCCCUCCCAGACCAGGUGGAGCUGUUCGGGCCAGUCACACUGGAGCAGGUCCGCUUUCCCAGCACGGAGGGGCUCCCCAACGAGAAGCAGCGUUUCUACACCAACCAUCUGCUGGACGUGAUGGACCGCGGACUGAUCCUGGAGAUCCACGGGCAGGACAUCUACGCCAUCCGCCUGUGCCAGUGUAAGGUUUUCUGGUCAGGACCCUGCCUCGACGGCCCUGCCCGACCCACCCCCAUCGAGAGGGAGAAGAAAGUCAAGCUGUUCAGCCUAGAGAACUUCUUGAGCGAGUUGAUCCUGUACCAGAAAGGCCAGGCCAGUGUAGCCCCGCUGUACGAGAUACACCUGUGCUUCGGGGAGGAGUGGCCGGAUGGCAAACCCAGGGAGAAGAAGCUCAUCAUGGUGCAGGUGGUCCCGGUGGUUGCCCGCAUGAUGUCGGAGAUGUUCUCGGGGGAGCUGUCCUUUGACAGUGGCAGUGUGAGGCUGCAGAUCUCUAACCCUGACCUCAAGGACAACGUGGUCCUGCAGUUCAAGGAGCUUCACCGGCUGCUGCAGUCACAGCACGAACCCGGCCAGUGGCCAGUCCAGCCUCUGCCCCCCUGCUAACCUGCCGUGAGAGACUCCAUGAUAGAGAGACACAGAGAGAAGAGACUCAGAGAGAGAAACACCGCCACUGAGAGACAGAGAACGUGAGCGUGAGGAGCCCAGCCAUUGCCACCCACCAACCUGCAGUGAGGGACACUUGAGAGACAGAGAGCGCGGGCGUGAGGAGCCUGGACACUGCCACCCACCGACCUGCAGUGAGAGACACCAUCAUCAAGAGAGAGAGACGGAGACACAAAGAGAGAUACAGAGACACAUAGAGUGACUGUGAGGAGCGCAGACACAGCCCUGGAAAACAAGGACAUCCCAUUCUUCUGCCGAAGUGGCCAACACUGAUUCUAUUGGGAAUGUCGCCUCUCACUUUCCCGAGGAUGGAUUUUGUCGGGAGAUUUGAUUCCCUGUCGUAUUACAUUCUGUAAAUAGUAAGACUGCUUCCCGCACACUCACAUUCCCAAUAAACCCAGAACAGAGAGAGCGGUCGUUGCUUCUGUUCCUAACUGAGUGAGGACAAUCCCAGGACAGCCCAGCAACUCCCCCACACAGUGGCCAUGUGUUUUUUCUCCCCCCCCACGGUUUAAGCAGUGGGAUUGUCAGCCAGGACACUGGAGGGUGGGAGAGAGAGAACUUCCUUCUCAUAAAUACCUCAAAUCAUCAGACCUCAAUGGAAUGGAAACAGAAAUGGAAUCCAUUUUUCUUUUAUGAAUAAUAAUAUAAUUCUUGCAUUUGA